AUGGGUGGUGGUGGAGGAGGUGGGAUGGGCGGUGGGUUUGGUAGUGGUGCUGGAGGAGGGCUAGGGCAUGGUAGCGGUAGCAGUGGUGGUCUUGGUGGUGGGCGCGGCCUCGGUGGGGGCAGUGGAUCCGGCGGGGGUGUUGGAGGAGGACUCGGACAUGGCGGAGGGCUUGGACACGGUGUUGGCCUUGGUGGAGGCGGCGGCGGUGGCAUUGGCAUCGGCAUUGGAGUGGGCAUUGGUGUUGGCAUGGGAGCAGGAACUGGGGGCGGCGCCGGUGCUGACAAUUUAAUUGUCAAGAUUAAUGUGAUGGAGUAA